AUGGAGGAACAAGUGGCUUGCCUUCAAAGUCGACUCAAUGAAAAGGAUGUCGCGUGCUUGGAGGCUGCCAGGAACAUCGAGUCAUGUGUUGGACAACUGCUUAACUGCGAGCGAGAUGCGAUCCCUGGUUUGUGCGCAAAAUUAAUGGAUAUCAGCAGCAACCUCACCGCUAGUACCGUCAACGGUAAUAACUCCACCCCAUCUCGAAGAAAUGACGACGAAGUGAUAGAACGACGCAGCAGUUUUAAUCGAGCUCCACCUCAACCUCGACAUAUUCAACGAGAGAACGAAAUGGUCGAUCUCAAAUUAUGGAUGACAAAGUGA